UGAGCCGCGGCCGUGGCGGACGUCGCCGGUUUUUCUGCUCGCUACACUUGAUACAAUCGUUAUUUUUUUUAUGAAAAACUUUAUCAACAAUGUAAAUAUUUUGGAUUCGGGUGCGUGUGACGUGACUGCAUAUUUCUAUGUUAUGGUACAGUGACAACAGUUUUGUAUUUUUUGACACAAAUUUACAAGUGGGUAUGUGUUAUGUGAGAUAUUUAUUAUGCGAAUGGAUUGCUUUUGCCGGCGAUAUAGUUUGACAUGAUGACCUGACGAAUCAAGAUAUUUAUCGGGACGGGAAUCUAUUCGGAUGCAAAAAACGGAAGAAUGGAACAUGUUUUCGACAGUGCACUACACAUAAGCAACGAUGCAAGAAAUCAUAAUUUAUAACAACGUAACGACGUUCCCGAUGAAAAUGGAAGAAAUAAGACUCGAAUUGACUUGACAAGUGGAUAUUUUGGAACUUUUAGUUUGUGAUGUACUGACGUGAAGUGACUGGGUGAUGUGGCAGUGUUAGGAUUUUGAAUAAUGCCAGAUCGAGAGUCAGUGGGAGGUCCCGGGAGUGCAGGCAGCGCUGGUUUCCUACCGCUACAGUUCCCCUCGGCGUUUGCAGCCUUCCAUGCGACUACUCCGCCCGGCACGCCGGCCACCAUGCACCACGCCACUCAUUACCACCACCAUGCCCAGCUGGCAGCAGCAGCGGCGGCGGCUGCGGGCGCUACGAGCGAGCUGAGCUACCUCGCCGCGCUGCACCCCGCCUACCGACCAGUGCCGUAUGACCACCCCAUCUAUGGCGCGAACACGCUUCGAGGUCUGGAGUACUUAAGCGCGGCACGAAGUUUACACCCAGAGUUACACGCUGGCAGCACCCUCGCCAGCCAGGACUUCCAGCUUAGUUUAGAUGGAUCAAGAAUAGCCUCCCCCACCAGGCUGAGGCUAUCAGGAGGUGCGAUAGGUGCUUCUGCUAACCGCAAGCGGGCUGUUUCCUGGAGUCCGUAUUCAGCUGAGUCUUUGGACUUGGCUGCGGUUAUCAGAGCAUCCCCUGCCAGUCUGGCGGUUAGAGCGCCGUCAGCCGCCUCUACGGGGAGCUAUGGACAUCUCAGUGCUGGUGCGAUAUCACCAGCUUUAUCUCUUUCCCACGCGUCGCUCGCGCAACAGCUUCUAGCGCGCGGUGGCGUGGUGGGCAGUAGUGGGGUUCUGGCUGGUGGUGUGCUGCUAGACCCUGCCCACCAGCAGGCGGCUGCAGCUGCCGCUCAUCAUGCCGCGCAUGCUCACCUUGUGGCUGGAAUUCACAGAUCUCACAUAUCCUCUCCAACUCAACUCCUGAUGGGCGCUCCAGUGGAUGUCAGGCCAGGGUUGGGCCUGGACGGUACACCGCCUCAACAUUUACAACAGCCUCCGCAGCAAUCUGAAGUGACGAGUAUUAUGGAAGCUGAUAGUGCAUCCGGCAUGACUCAACGCAAGUCACCACAGAGUUUGAUGUCGCAUCGGGACAACAUGCAUAGCAACAAGCCGCUAUCAGCAGCUGCGGAGAGUACAGUCCACGACGGACUCGACUCCAAAGACGAACCAGGAGACUUCAUAGAAACUAAUUGUCAUUGGGUGGACUGCAAACUCGAGUUUCCGACUCAAGAUGACCUGGUAAAGCACAUCAAUACAGACCACAUCCACGCCAGUAAAAAGGCAUUCGUGUGCAGAUGGGUCGGCUGCUCCCGUGAUGAAAAGCCGUUCAAGGCUCAAUACAUGCUCGUCGUGCAUAUGCGAAGACAUACUGGCGAAAAGCCGCAUAAGUGUACGUUCGAGGGUUGCUGCAAGGCCUACUCUCGGUUAGAGAACUUGAAGACCCACUUGAGGAGUCACACGGGCGAGAAGCCUUACACUUGCGAGUACCCUGGCUGCGCUAAAGCCUUCUCCAAUGCUAGUGACAGAGCGAAACAUCAGAACAGGACUCACAGUAAUGAGAAACCCUACGUCUGCAAGGCUCCUGGAUGCACGAAGCGGUAUACGGAUCCAUCUUCCCUGAGAAAGCAUGUGAAGACGGUCCACGGCGCAGAAUUCUAUGCCAGUAAAAAACAUAAAGGUUGCAGCAGAGGCGACGACUCAGCAGAAUCUGGCGGCGGUGGUGCGGGCUCGUCUCCUCGCUCGGAGGAGGGCGGAGUACCCGGCACCGCGCGGGGACACGCGUCCUCCGCCUCCGUCAAGAGCGAGAGUCCCGCUUCACCUCUCCCACAUGGCCUGCAUACUCCUGCGCAUCAGCUGUCAGCACAAUGUGGUGGAGAACUGGACUUUGGUGGUGCAGCGCUUGGAGGGUUUGGUGAUGAUAACGGCGCUCCAUACUUCAGACUAGAUGGAGAGGUGGAACAAGAAGUAGUGGGCGAGGUUGGCCAACUGCCCCUGAUGCUGCGCGCGAUGGUGGCCAUCGGCGAACCGCGGGCGCACCAUCACACACCUCGGUUCGGGAACAAGAUGGGCGUGGGACGUCUAAUGCCACCAGGACAUGCUGAUAUUGGCGGAGGUGGAAUGCCAGGCAGAACUGAGCUAGGCACCAACGUUGCUGUAGAGUUGAAGACCGGACUCCCAAACACGAGACGGGACUCGGGAAUCUCCUCUGGAAGCAGCCUAUAUAGCGCCAGGUCUUCAGAUAUAUCUCGAAAAAGCAGCCAAGCAUCAGUCGUUUCUGGCGCAGUGACCGGUGCAGCGGUGGCUGGACCUCAGAGGCUGGUCUCUCAGCAUCAGACAGUCUACGACCAGCUCUCGCCCGACAGCAGCCGCAGGUCUAGUCAAGUGUCUUGCGUGGGAUAUGCGCCUGCGCCUUCCUCCGCUCUCGCUGCCGUCCAAGCCAUGAGAACAUCACAAGGCAAUCAGGCGGUUCUUCUUCGAGGAGUGACCUGCUCAGAGGUACGAGCUGAGGAGCUGGCCCUGGAGCUGGACCCCAACGUCCAGGUCAAGGAGGAGGCGAGGAGACUCUCCGAACAGUCGAACCUCAGCGACCAGGCGCAGACGUACCAGCCUUAUCCAUGUGGUACUGAUGAUGUGGGUGACGCUCCAUUCCCGUUCAAGACAGAAAGUGACCAGGAGACAGUGACGUACAAAGAGUCUCGGUCCAACUCCACCAACACUGUGGUAAUCACCACAGCGCAGGUCCACCAUCCCAACCAGGAAGUCAAUCUGGAACAGGUCGCUGAAGGCGAAAUGGUGGAGAACAAGCUGGUAAUACCAGAUGAAAUGAUGCAAUAUCUUAACCAAUCAAUAUUGGCAACCGAAUCGGUAACACCAGCUAAAACUGACUCCAACCAGCCUGAACCGGAAAAUAACGAUAAAGACAGUGCUACCAAAGACAAUGCAAGUGAAAUAAAAAACACAAAUAAUUCCAGUGACAAAAUCAGUGACGUAGCGACCAGUGACGAUUCCCUACUCAAAAACCUAGGUGCCAUAGGAAGUGAUCUCAAUAUAAGUGAUAUACAAGUCGAUUUAAGGUCGCUAGAUGUUAGCAUGUCGGGUAACAGUGGCUCUCUCUUAGCCGCUAAAACGCCUGACGAUAAAUCAACGCCCUUACAGGAGCAAGUCAUUCCAGAAGUGACUGCGGAGAAGGAAAAGGAAUUUAAACCAGUGACUAGUGCUGUUACAACGAAUCCAUUGCAGUCGUUGCAAACUAUGACAGCGAAUCAGACGGAACAAUCGAAUAGGAUAAGAGUUAGUUUGCCCCAGAAGCAGAAUUCGGCGAGUCCUAAAACAGUCAUCAGUCAGAAUGUGCUAAGUCCUCAAAAUCUGCCGCACAGUAUGCUGAGUCCACAGAGCCUGCCUCACAGUGCAAUGAGUCCUCAAAGUAUCAUGAGUCCUCACAACAUCCCACAUACUGUCAUGAGUCCGCCAAGCAUAUACAAUGUCAUGAGUCCUCAAAGCGUCAUGAGCGUGAUGUCGCCUCAACAGAACGCUAUGAGUCCUCAAAGCAUGCAAAGCCUCAUGAGUCCACAAAUGCCAAAUCAGAUGAUGAUGAGUCCUCGACAUAAUAAUAUCGGUAGUCCUAUGUCUCAAAAUAUGGCCAGUCCAAUGGUGAAUAUGGCGAGCCCCAUGACACAGAACAUUGCUAGCCCCAUGAGCCAUGGCAUGCCGAGUCCCAUGCACCCUGGUCUACAAAGCCCAAUGGCACAAGGAAUGGCAAGUCCGAUGGUGUCUAAUAUGCCGAUGGCCAUGAAUGGUCCUGGAAACCAAAAUAUUCCAAACCAGAUUAUGAAUAUGAACCAAGGCCAAAUGGUUCCUAACUACCCCAAUAAUGUACAGAAUUGUCCAAAAAUGCCUAAUAGAAAUAAUAUACCCAACCAAUACCAUAAUCAAAAUUAUCAGAAUCAAUAUCCAGGACAAAACCAAAACGUUAUGCGAAGCCAAAACGUUCAACAGUAUCCAGUUAUGCAACAGUAUAAUCAGAAUCAAAUGCCUAUGAUGCAUCCCAUGAACCAAAAUCAAAACAUGGUGUAUAACAAUCAAAUGAUGAACUACCAACAAAUGAACUAUCCAAACCAAAGCAAUCAGAUGCAUUCGCUACAAAUGUCCAGAUCUUCUAUGAUGAGUGUAGACAACAGUGCCAACAUGAGCAGAGGAGCCAUGAACAAUUAUUGUGAACCUCAAAACCAGUGUCCACCAAUGCAGAACCCCCCUUACAACCCCAACAUGCAAUAUCCUCAACCACCACCGUACAAUUCUGUAGUAAACAACACGAAUGUAAUGGGUCCACCGCCACCGAAGAACAAUCACCAAUACAACCAAACUAUGAUGAACAACAACCAGUAUUACAACCAUCAGAGGCCGUACAACCAAUGGGACUACCCAGGCAACCAGUUUAACAAACACAACAUGCAGAAAUCAAUGCAAAAUUCAGUAAACAUGUCAACGGGGAGCCAGAAACCGAUCAACGGCACGAGACAGAUGAACUGCAAUCAAAUAAAGACGGACCAAACCGAUUGCAGUAUGAACAGUUUGAGGAGUCAAAACAACCAAACCAGCGAGGUCCAGGUUUGGGACAUAUCUCAGUCCCAAAUAGAAGCUAGUAAUGGAAGAAAGAAGAAUCAGAACAACACAAUGCGCCAGGAAACGUACCAGAGAACGUUGGAGUAUGUUGAAAAUUGCGAGAAUUGGAAGAGUUCCGAAAUGGUAUCGAGCAGUACGCACCCGUUACAAGGCGGUGAUAACAUGGUUGUGAACGAUCUUCAGACAUCCUUAUCUUCGUUUUAUGAAGAGAACCAAUACCUCCAGAUGAUACAAUAGUUAUUUAUAGUAUAUUUUAUAUUUGUAGUUAGAUAUAAGUUAAUGUAAGCAGAUAAAAGAUCUGAUUAUGGUGCAAAGGAACAAAAGGUUGUAAAAACGUUUUCUCUUUUAGAGACUGAUUAUUUUUAAAUAGUUUACAAAAUUUUUAAAAGUACAGUAGUUAGAUUAUAUCAGAAAAGACACUUUUUUGUAAAUAACAUGUUCGGUAUGACGUCUUCCAAUUAAUUAAGUACAAUAAUGUAACUGCAUUUACUUUAAUUUCUGCUAUAAGUGCCUUAAUGUACAUAAUUGUACAUAACACAACCGGUUUUAAAAGUGCCUUUAGGAUCUUAGAAAAUAUUUUUUGAGUGCUGCAAAUUGUUUUAGUAGGUUAAUAUCGAAGUUAAAAUGAUUCUUAAUUAAGUGAUCUUUGAGAUUAUUAGAUAGACUUAAAAAUUUUGUACAAAAUAUACAUCUUUAAUGAAUUUUACGACGUUGACAUUUUAAUUACUCGAAUCAUUUUAAGUAGUUAUAAUUAAUGCAAUAUAAGUUACUGUAACAUCGAAUCUCUUAGUUAAGAAUUUUAUUAUGAGAUUAUUAGUUUUAAGAUUUUUUUGUUAAUAUUUUUUAUUUAAAACAACGCACAAUUGUAAACAGAACAUUUAGGAAUUGUAUUUUGUAUUAAAUUAUUGUUUUUACUGUUUGUAAAAUUAAUUUGCGGACAUCUGUGACAAUAUUUUAAUAGAACUAUUAAAUAAAAUGUCUUAUUCUUGA